AAAGAGUCAACAUAAAGUUAGGCAAAAACCCAGAAACCCAAAAAAAAAAGAAAAAGUAAUAAGAAAAGAAGUUGGAGAGAGAGAGAGAGAUGGAGAGUUUCCCGAUCAUCAAUCUCGAGAAGCUUAAUGGAGAAGAGAGAGGAAUCACGAUGGAGAAGAUCAAAGACGCUUGUGAAAACUGGGGAUUCUUUGAGUGUGUGAAUCAUGGGAUUCCACACGAGCUACUGGACAGAGUGGAGAAGAUGACGAAGGAACACUACAAGAAGUGUAUGGAAGAGAGAUUCAAAGAAUCCAUCAAGAACAGAGGACUCGACUCUGUUCGGUCUGAAGUCAACGACGUUGACUGGGAGUCAACUUUCUACCUUAAGCACCUUCCUGUCUCCAACAUCUCCGAUGUCCCUGAUCUCGACGACGAUUACAGGACGUUGAUGAAAGAGUUCGCCGGCAAGAUUGAGAAGUUGUCGGAGGAGCUACUAGAUCUGUUGUGCGAGAAUCUUGGAUUGGAGAAGGGUUAUCUGAAAAAGAUGUUUUACGGGUCGAAAAGACCGACUUUUGGAACCAAAGUGAGCAACUAUCCACCUUGUCCUCAACCGGAGCUAAUCAAGGGGCUCCGAGCACACACCGACGCCGGAGGAAUCAUACUCCUUUUCCAGGACGACAAAGUCAGUGGACUUCAGCUCCUUAAGGACGGCGAGUGGGUCGAUGUUCCUCCGGUUAAACAUUCAAUCGUCGUUAAUCUCGGCGAUCAACUUGAGGUGAUAACGAAUGGGAAGUACAAGAGCGUGGAGCAUAGAGUGAUAGCUCAGACGGACGGCGAAGGACGAAUGUCAAUUGCUUCAUUCUACAAUCCGGGUAGUGACUCCGUUAUUUUUCCGGCACCGGAGUUGAUCGGAAAAGAAUCGGAGGAGGAUAAGAAGGACAAGUAUCCAAAAUUCGUGUUCGAAGAUUACAUGAAGCUUUACUAUGCUGUCAAGUUUCAGGCCAAGGAACCGAGGUUCGAAGCCAUGAAAGCUAUGGAGACAACCGUGGCCAACAAUGUUGGACCAUUGGCCACUGCAUGAAUAAUUUAUUAUUUACUAUAAUAAAUUAAAUAGCCUAUAAUUGCUAUAUUUUUCUUGCCGUAGAAACUUAACUAUUUAAUAUCCUAAAAAUCUUGUUUAUGUGGCAUGUCUUGUUUGUAUGUUUCAUAAAUGUGUUUUAUAUAUGUAUAUGUGAUUUUAUGUUUGUUGUU